CCCGGAAUUGCCCAGCCCAACUAUUACUAAAACCCUAAACCCGACUUCUCUCUUCUUUCCCCCCUCCUCUCGUCUCCUGCGACGUCUCUUGCAGGCGCUUCACCUUCUCCCACCCCUCGCCUUCCUCUCUCUCUCUCUCUCUCUCUCUCUUCUCAGUCGAAAGUAGUACUAUAUAAUCACAGGACGCAAUGAGGUUGGAAAAAUGCUGGUUUUGUUCCUCUACCGUAUACCCUGGACAUGGGAUUCAGUUUGUUCGCAAUGAUGCAAAGAUUUUUCGAUUCUGUAGAUCCAAAUGCCACAAGAACUUUAAAAUGAAGAGGAAUCCUCGUAAAGUGAAAUGGACUAAGGCUUAUAGGCGGUUGCGUGGGAAGGAUAUGACACAGGACUCAACCUUUGAGUUUGAGAGAAAGCGAAAUAGGCCUGAGAGAUACGACAGGAAUCUUGCAGAAAACACUUUGAAGGCAAUUAAGAAGAUCGAUAAAGUCAGAGUGGAGAGAGAGGCCAGACACCACAAGAAUAGGAUGAAGGGCAAGAGUGCUAAGGAGCGCAAUGAGGCAAUUAAAGAGAUUGAUCAGAGCACCAUUUUGGUCAAAGCUCCGAGUGCGCUACAACCAGAGCCAUCACUCGUCAAGGUUUCCCAAUUGCAACUCGACAAAAACGUUGCCAUGGAGGAGUAAUUUUAUUGUUGCAGCCAUGGUUUUGUGUCUCUUUUGCGUCCACGGUUCCAUCAAAUAGCAAGACGGUUGUUUGUGUGGAUUGAAGUUUUGGAUCCCGAUUUCCUUUCAUGAAUUGUAGCUACUGAUUUAAUCUAAAUUAUGUUUGUUGAGUCCCAGAUUUGCUGUAAACAUUUAUAACAAGAUAUGCUAUAUGUAGGUUUUUGAAUUUA